CUGUAAAUUGUAUGGCCAUGUGAGUGUGAAUAAGAUCUAUAUAUGUAUGCUGAUAGGUUGAGCUCCUAAGCUGCAGGUUUCUCAAUGUUGUAGCUACGGUGUUUGUGAUGAUGCAGACCACAGCUGCUCUGGCAGAGCUGUUUUUUGGCCGGGACUGCUCCGGGAUGCGGGACAGAAAAGAUUACGAGAGUCGCUCCAGGGAGCGGGGGGAAGCUGAACUGGAGCGUCUCAGAACCCGGGAGAGACUGGAGGCCACACUGGCGGGACUGGCAGAACUGGACUAUCUGAAACAGAGACAGGAGCUACUGGUCAGAAACGCUCUGAUCUAUCGGGAGACUGUCGGCGCAGGAGAGGAGGAUAAUCAAGUUUGUUCUGCAGGGGAGGAAAGCUAUCUGAACCAUGAGGAAAAACUUUUGGAGGAGAACAUUUUGCUGCUGAGGAAACAGCUGAAUUGCCUGAGGAGGCGAGAUGCUGGUUUGAUCAGUCAACUCCAGGAGUUGGACCGACAGAUCAGUGACCUGCGACUUGACACAGAGUCCUCCCUAGAGCACCUGGAAAGUGACAGCCGACCCAGUUCAGGUUUUUAUGAGUUAAGUGAUGGCACUUCAGGCUCUCUUUCAAAUUCCUCCAACUCUGUCUUCAGUGAGUGUUUGUCCAGCUGUCGUUCCACCUCCUGCCUGUGUGCCCCCCUAGACACCUCUCUCUGCACAUCUGAGGGAAGGCUCAAGUCUGCAGAUGAACUGGGUGUGUGUACAGAAUGUGAAGAACAGUGUGAGGACUCAACUUCUGGAACAGUCCGUCGGUCAUUGUCUGCUCCCUACUCUCCUUCUUUAGAUGGAGCAUAUGACAGCCUGUCAAAGUACCAAUGUGACCUGAUAGCUAGGAAUGGAAAUGAUGUGUACCAUUAUCCUAGCCCUCUCCAUGCUGUGGCUGUCCAGAGCCCCAUCUUCCUCCAGUCUACGGCUAGUAAUUUUAGGGAGGAUAUGGGUCCAUCCAAGUCUGGAGAAGCAUUUGGAGAAAGUCAAAAGACUGAGCAGCAUCUUGCAUAUGAAAAUACCUCAUGGCCUGCUCAAACUUCUCUCAACAAAAAGUUGGACAGUUAUAUCUUUGGAUUGCUUCAGAGGAGAGCACAGCCAAUGAGGACCAAUAAACCUAGAACAAGUAUAAACACAGACCCCUCCAAGAGUGUCUUACGACAAGGUAGCCUCUGUGUGAGGCCUUCCAUUGCUGUACAAAAUCAGCAAUGGACUCAUGAACUCACAUCCAAUUGGCAAACCUGUGUACAUACAGCAUCAGCUUCGAGCACUGACACCAGUAAAGUUUCACCUCGAAGAGCAACUGAGACCAAGGGGGAACCCUUGGAAAAUGAAGCACCCUGUUCUCAAAAUCAACCCCAGAGUGGAUAUCUAAUAAAGAAUGAAAUUGACUCUAAUAGCUUGUUAAAGAAAAAAAUGUCUGGGACCAGUAAAGGACUGCCAUUACCUGUUGCUACUAAGGAGUGCCAGGACCUGGGCAGUGCCAAUGCAGUCUCAUCCCCAAAGCUUAACAAGCAUUCCUGUUAUCCUUCAAUUCAGGAUAGUAAAUCAUCCCAGGUGGUGAAAGCAGGGACUUCUAAGAAAAGCUCUAAGAUCCAGAAUUCAGUGGUCUGCUCUGCUAGACAGGAGCAGUCUGCUGCAGAGCUACUUAGCUUAGGCUCUUCCUCUCAAAGCCAGGACGAGGGGGGUCUAAUGGUUAGUGCACAAUAUAAUUCCAACCAAAAGCAGAGUUUCAAACUUUGCAAAGGUGGCAACAAGAAUGCCAAGAAUGUCAAGGUGAAAAAUGUCUGCAGCACAAAACAUAGGACCCAUUCCAAUGAACUUGUUUCAGAAGCAAGCCGUGACAGGCAUCGAACGGCAUCCAGGCGUUCCAGACCAGUGGAAGACAUGGUUCACUCUUACAAACCCUCGAAGAGGACAUCUUGUAAAGCCAAAAGGAUCCCAGCAUCAAUUCCUGAAGAACGGAUACUAGAGAAACACACCACAUCCACGGGAAGAUCAUCUACACAUAAACACCAUGGUCAUCACAGGCAUCCUGAAGCAGUGCUUGCCAAACCUAAGUACAAGCGCAAUGACUACCAUCGUAGGCUGCGUGGAAUACCAGAGGUGCCUUAUGAGGAGUCAUUAAAAAGGGUGCAUCGCAGACAUAAGAGAGAAAUGAUGGGCCAUGUACCAGCCAUGUAUCUUCCUUCCAAUGCACACAUGACCAGCCCUUAUGCAUAUGUGGGUAGUGACUCAGAAUACUCUGCUGAGUGUGCAUCUGUCUUCCACUCUACCAUCUUGGACACAAGUGAAGAUGAGCGUAGUAAUUACACAACCAACUGUUUUGGGGACAGUGAGUCAAGUGCUAGCGAGGCAGACUUUGUAGCAGAAAGCAGUUCUAGCAGUGACUCUGAAGGCAGCAGUGGUGUCAACUGGCCCCAGUACAGACAGACAUCCAGAGAUGCGACUUCAGCUCAGGCCAAGGCUUUCGUCAAAAUCAGAGCUUCACAUAACUUGAAAAAGAAGAUCCUACGCUUCAGAUCAGGCUCUUUAAAGCUUAUGACAACAGUGUGAGAGACUCUAGGAACUGGGGUUCGAAUUGGGAUGUGGACAAUCAAAUUGGCUGCUCUCAGUACUCACCCGAUCAAGUGCCUAAGCUGUGUUCAGCCACACUGCAUAAAAUGUAUGAGUCUUGUUAAAGAGAUCUUUCACUAGGAGUGGAUUUAUUCAGUGAACUUACCCCCUGCACUUUUAUAGUCCAUUAAUACAAAUGUUGUAAUAUUCAGAAGUAUCUGAGUAGCCCAACUGUGUCACAAUGUGUAGCCAUAUUUAUUAUAAACUUAAUUUUGCUGUGAUACAUUUGCAUUGCAAGGGCUGUGAUUUUUUUUAAAUAAAAUAUUUAAUGUUUAAUAUAUUUGAUUAGUCAUUUGAUAAAUAGAACAGGAAGUAUGAAUGAACAGAUGCAUUGUACAAGAAUUGAGAUUAAGGGAUUGUAAAGCCUAUUUGCCAAUUUUUAGGUCACCUGCUAUAAGGGCUUUUCUUAUGUUCACAACAAAUAUGCAUGAACAGCUACAUGACUUAUUAUCUGUUAAUGCCUUAUGUGUAAAUUGUGAUUUUUGUAAAUAUAACAACAAUGUUCAUUUCUGAUGUCUUAUCUUUUUAUGCUUUAUUAAAUGUUGAGUUUGACGACAACCCUAUUUCUUUGCAACCAUCACUUUUCUAUCUAAUAACUGAA